AUGAAGUUGCUUGUGGCUGGGAUUUUUCUCAUUCUAAUUGUGGAAACCACUGCCCAGUGGUAUAAUUUCCCAAUUGAAGCAGCUAAAGGGGCUCGUGAUAUGUUGCAAGCCUACCGCGACAUGAGGGAGGCCAACUGGAAAAAUUCAGACAAAUACUUUCAUGCCAGAGGAAACUAUGAUGCUGCACAGAGAGGAGCAGGAGGCAAAUGGGCUGCUGAGGUUAUCAGUAACACCAGAGAGUGGGUGCAGGAGAGACUGGGUCAUGGCGCUGAGGACUCCGAAGCUGAUCAGGCGGCAAACCGUUGGGGGCGAGACGGAAAUGAUCCCAACCAUUUCAGGCCCGAGGGUCUUCCUAGCAAGUACUGA